AUGGGAUUCUCGAUCGAAAGGGUUACCAAUGUACCGCCAGGCAGGGGUGAAGACUAUUACUUGAGACUGUUGUUGAACUUUCAAAGAGGUUGCACGUGUUACGAUGAUCUUAGGAAAAUCGAGGAUCACGUCUACCCAACUUUCAAAGAUGCGUGCUUUGCGCUUGGACUACUGGAUGACGACAAGGAGUACAUAGCUGGCAUAAAUGAGGCAAACGAGUGGGCCAGUGGUGACUAUGUGAGACGAUUAUUCGUCGUACUUAUGGUCGCAAAUAAUAUGAGCAGGCCGGAACAUGUGUGGGAGUGUUGCUGGAAAGAAUUCGCCGAGGAUAUUGAGUACAGACUGCAACAACGUCGUACCAAUUCAGGUCCACCUGUGUCAGACGAUACUCUGAGAAAUUACGCUUUGAUCGAAAUAGAAAAUAUAUUGCAAAGCAACAGCAAAAGCCUGAGUAACUUUCCCCCAAUGCCGAUUCCAAUUGGGCCGAUGACGGACAACACGGUAAAUAGAUUAGUUCUCGACGAGUUGGACUAUGACGUUGAUGCUAUGCGUGAAGAACUUAAGAAAUACCUUUCAUCCAUUACUGAUGAGCAGAAAAAAGUGUUCGAUGAUAUCAUGGAUGCUGUUACAAAUGACAGAGGAGAAAUAGUUAUAAAUGUUGCUUCCAGUGGUAUUGCUUCGCUUCUACUUCCAGGUGGCAGAACUGCUCAUUCUAGAUUUGGACUGCCAAUAAUUGUACAUGAGAGCUCCACAUGCAGCAUCAAACAACAGAGCCCACAGGCAGAAUUGUUGUCUAGAGCAAAGCUAAUCAUAUGGGACGAGGCAUCGAUGAUGCACAUAUAUUGUUUCGAAGCACUCGACAAAACAAUGAAAUCUAUACUUGAUUCAUAUAUGCCAUUCGGAGGCAAGGUCGUAGUGCUUGGAGGGGACUUUCGGCAAAUUUUGUCAGUUGUGUUGAAAGCGUCGAGACAAGACAUUGUGCAUGCUACAAUCAAUUCAUCACCGUUGUGGAGGCAAUGCAAAGUUAUGAAGUUAAACAAGAACAUGAGACUUGAGUCGUCCUUCUUUUCCGCCAAUGCAGAUGAAAUAAGAGAAUUUGCGGACUGGAUAUUGAGAAUCGGCAAUGGCGAUGCUGGCGAGAUAAAUGACGGUAAUGCCACAAUUGAAAUUCCCGAUGACAUGCUGAUUCGGAAUUCUGCAGAUCCCUUUUUGGAUCUUAUAGAGUUUGUCUAUCCGGAUCUGGUGACCAACCUUUUCACUCCCGAGUAUUUCGAAGGCAGAGCAAUCCUUGCACCCACUAAUGAAAGUGUCGGUUUUGUAAACGAUCAUUUUUUGUUGAUCAUAACUGGAGAGGAGAAGGUCUAUUUCAGCUCAGAUAGUAUGUGCAAGGAGGAGUUGUUGUCGGAUGUCAACGCAGAAAUAUACUCACCAAAUAUCGAUCAGGCCAGAGGAUUGUGCAAUGGAACAAGGCUUCAGAUUAUUAAUAUGGGAAAACACGUUCUCAACUGCAGGAUCCUGUCCGGUAAACAUGUUGGUGAUAUGGUGUUCAUUCCUAGAAUGACUUUGGUACCGUCCAACUCUGCAUUGCCUAUUAAAUUCCAGCGACGUCAGUUUCCGCUGAUGGUAUCAUUCGCAAUGACAAUCAAUAAAAGUCAAGGACAAACUCUUUCUCACGUGGGCAUGUACUUGCCGAGACCUGUUUUCAGUCACGGACAGCUCUAUGUCGCACUCUCGAGGGUUAAGAGUCGAAGUGGCAUAAAGAUUUUUGAUUAA